UCCGCACUAGACAAUAAAGAUCCAUUAUUUUCCCUAUGCUAUGGGUUAAGGCCGUUCUAACAAAAAUCAAGGGCAAAUUCACUACGAAAAUUCACCCAAAUUAAAAGGCUAAGAUCUUACUCCAACUAUGGCAAAACAGAGGAAAAAUGCACUCAUUUAGUAGCUACAUAUGUUGGAAGCUUCUUGAUGAAAAUAGCAGUCCAUUAAGGACUAAUUGGAGAUCUAAACAGAUAGCAGUUUGAAGUUCCAAUUUUUGGUUUUGCCAAUCCAAUGGCUUGGGCCUAACAUUGGCAUAGGCCUAGGCCUCUCAGCACAUAGUAGAGAAACAACCCAGACCAACAAUAACACUUGUUUGAUUGUUUCUGCUGUAUCCUGAUCGAGUUGUAGUAAGGCAUGGUUUAUCCUUCUACUCUGCCAUAGCCUGCAUGAAAAUUAAAUGUCACGCGGGAAGGUAAACUAUUUACAUAACGUUUCUAGUAAGUAGUUACUCCUCUCUUUUACAUUCAAUCUGGUUUUGGUCAACUGUUUGCUGAAAGGUGGCACAUAAAACAAGACAUUUCUAACAUUCAAUUGCCGCCUUCUGCCAACUCUUACACUGCAAAUGUACCCCCUGCAUGAAAUAUUCAUUGAUCAAUCAUCCCUUCAAAUCCCACAUUUGCAGUAAGUUCAACAAUUAAAUGACACUAAACUCUACCUAAUCAUCCUCAAAAAACAUCUUCAACAUAAGCUUAACCUGAAUAUGCCAACCUUAUCGGAUAGACUUUGGCCAAAUUCACAUUUUAUCGAUAUUUGUGAUGCAUUGAUUUACUGUUGCUCAGUUGUUGCAUGGGGCGCAUUUAAGCAGUGAUAUGAUCAGUCUUAUGUGCCACUAACAAAUUCCAUUUCCCGAAUAAGACUACAAACCUGUAUAUAUAUGAACCUGCAUGAUAUAUAUGAUUUCGAAUACUUUGUACAGAAAAUGAAGGACACGUAUUGAACUAUUCGAGAAACCAAGAACACGCACAAACUAAAACGAGUAGAUCGUGAUGAAAAUAAACCUUGUUAUUCUGAGUUUGUUAGCCUUGCUCUUGAUUACUUCAACCUUAUUAGUGGAUGCAAGAACUACGAUUAAUGAAGAAGAGAAGAGAAGAAGGCAAAGGAGAAGCAGCGGCGUAGGAAGAGGUAGAAGAAGCAGUGGCGGAAGAAGAUCAAGAGGAGGGUCUUCAUCACCAUCAUCGGGUUGUGAUCCUUUAUAUUCAUACCUCUUUGGAAAUUGUGGUCAAUGGCCUUUCCCUCGUAAUUCUCCAAACAACCCAUUUCAACGACCAAUUUCCCCUUCUCCCUCGCCUCGCCGCCCAACUCCACCUCUCCGUCCUCCGUUAAUUCCCUCUCCUCCACCAGCAGUUCUACCGCCACCACUUAUCGCUUCUCCACCACCACUCGUUCCUACGCCCCCAACAGUAACACCUUCACCUCCAAUAGUAACUCCAUCUCCUCCACCGGUCGUUACACCAUCACCAUCACCUCCACCAGUUGUUUCCUCUCCUCCGCCAGUCGUAACGCCAUCACCACCACCCGUAGUCGCUUCUCCGCCUCCAUCACCACCACCGGCCUCCCCUCCAGCUUCACCACCACCAGCCUCCCCUCCAGCUUCCCCACCACCAGCACCACCACCGGCCUCCCCACCUCCUCCUUUAGUUCCAUCUCCGCCACCACCGUCUUCUCCACCACCACCUUUAGUUCCAUCUCCACCUCCACCAGAAUCUCCACCAUUUAUAAUCUUCCCACCACCACUAGUGUCUUCGCCACCUCCACCAGAUGAUCCUGUCUUCCCUUGGUUGUCCCCUCCUGACCCUGACGACACUCCCAAUUUCCCACUAGUUUCUCCUCCACCAUUAGUACCCAAUUUCCCCAUCCCAACACCUGAUCAACCACCAGAUUUUCCACCAGAAACUCCACUUGUCCCCAUAUUUUCUCCACCACAACAAGAUUUUCCUCCACCUAUACCACUUGUCCCCAUAUUUUCUCCACCAGAACAAAAUCUUCCACCAGCUACACCACUUGUCCCGAUUUUUCCACCAUCAGACGAUCCACCAGUGAUUCCUGAUCAACCACCAAAUAGUUUUUUGCCGUCUCCAUUGAUUCCUGAUCAACCACCAGAUAUUUUUCAGCCAUCGCCGGUGGUUCCGGAUCAACCACCAAGUAGUUUUCUGCCGUCUCCAUUGAUUCCUGAUCAACCACCAAGUAAUUUUCUGCCGUCACCGGUGGUUCCUGAUCAACCUGCACCAUUCAAUUUCCUUCCUUCACCAGUAAUACCUGAUCAACCACCAGAAACUUUUGUCCCUUCACCGGUGGUCCCAGAUCAACCUCCUGUUAUUUUCAUGGCACCACCAUUGGUUCCUGAUGUACCAGAAAGUUCAGUAUUACCGCAACAACCCUUCGUAUCAGCACCACCAGUACAACAGGAAGCGCCACCAGUUGAAGUUAUUCCGCCAUUUGAGCUACCGCCUCAGCCAGACUCGCCGCCAUUUACCUAAUAGUUAAUGGAUCACCAUCUCCAUUUUAAAGUUGAUGGACGCUGCUCCACAAUUGAAACUGCAUGUUUUUAAUUUCCGUUAUUUUUUUUUCUUUCUCAAUUGUAGUUAUGUGCUCAUUAUAUUUAUAACAUGAUCUUUUAAGUCAUCAGAUCAUGAAUCUACAUUAGUUCGUUUCACUUUGCAAAUUGCAAAUCCUGAACAGAUUAAGACAACUAGGAGUAAGUUAACUUUAUAUAAUUUAUAGUGUGACCGUGAAUUUAUGGGUUAUGACAUGUCAGUUACCUUGUUUUUCAACUUAUGAAUUCAACUUACCAUAAACAAUUUAGUAAAAAAAUUAAAACUUCUAUGGUUGAUAUAUAUGGUUGAUCGCCUGGCCUCUAAUGCAAAUUAAGAUAUCUAGUCUUAGAGUUGGACAUAUAAUUUAGAAAACAUAGGUAUAGGGAAAAAUUGAUCAGGAUAAUUCGAUUUAAAAAAGAAAGGCAUUUGUUCAAGAAGGAAAAGAAGAAAAGUGCAACAGUUUCAUAGGAUUGUGUUUUUUUAAUUUAAAUCAAACAGUUAAAAUGUGUGGCAAUCAUAUUCCCUUCAACUUUACUCACAAAUCAUUCUCCUACUUCAAACUUUAGGUUAGAUACAUCCUUCUUCUCCUAUAUCUACCCAUUUUUAAGAGACCAUCGACCUGUGAUCAUAAAUUCAAUCUCUUCAUCUCUGCGCGAAGCGCGAUAAGUUCACUAGUUUGAAUUCAACGUUUGUUUAUAAAAUGUGAACAAAAAAUUCAACAUCAAUUCAAAUCAUGAUUUGAAAUUCUAAAUUCUCCAAAAAGUAGAAGUUAUGAUUUCAACUUUUUUAAAUGUAAAACUUGACCCAUAAGUUCAUAUUUUGUAAAAAAAAAAAAAGAAGCCUCGUCAUGUUAAAAUUUUGCAAAAAAGAAAGAAAGAAAAAAAAAAAGCACAUGCUCAACGUGAAGAGAUUGUUUGUACCAUGUGCGGAGGCGGAUCCAGGAUUUGAGCACAAUGGGGGCACCAUUAUCUUUAGUGCGCCAAUUACUAGCAACAAAGUUAGACAUGCGACU